GAUGCAGCUAAAAUGGCCGAACGUCUGGUACAGCAAAUUCAGGACGAACUAAGGGUUUGUCUGGUCUGUGACAAUUCUAACAGCACUAAAACAGAGCAGUUGAUACGUAAAAACACCGCUGAGGUCCUUGCCAACUCGACGACGACAACGAAUACUUCGGAAUUUAAGCUUGACGGGCUUGUAGAAGCAGUUGGACCAGACGGACAAGGGGAUGAAGAAGACGUGUCGCUAUCUGCAAUAGAGUUCACAGAAAAUGUGUACAUGUAUGAUAACGACGGCACGUCAAGCUUCGUGACGUCUAACGUUUUGAGAAUAGACACAAAAACGAAGUCACGUCGAAUCAAACCGGAGAGAGUGACGUUUUCACAAAACGCCGAAACGCCCAUCCCAACCACGAUUACGCCAAACAAAACAGUGAUAGCAGAAGACGCAUCGGAAUUUUUCUUUCACUGAUUUGUAUACGGCAAAUCCACUGACAAAGUUUGCCUGAAAGUGAUGCCGUUAGGUGAUAACAAAAUAAAGUCGUAUCGGGUGUACUUUAGAUUCCACCAAGCUCCGAGCGUUUUGGACUUUGAUUUUGAUUUCUUGCUUGAAGAGGACGAUGAUUGGCAGUAUUGCAUUAAUGCACGUGCAAUGUUGGGUCAUACAGGGCUCACCUAUUUCGCAGUCCAAGUCCCUGGAUUCGUGAAAGAAAUCCAAUACAACCUUACUCUGAUCACUGGUGGUUGUUUAACUUGGAACGAGGCCGCAACUAAAUGGGAAACCGACAAAUGCGAGAUGACGUGGAGACCAAGAGAGAACAAAAUAGACUGUCAAUGUACUAAUAUCACAGACCUGGUGUUCGCCAAUUCGUUUUUCGUUGCUCCAAAUUCAAUUGACUUUGCCACCGUGUUUCUGAAGUUCUCACCACUAAAUCAGGCAGCGGUAAUGGGGACGUUUGCUUGUCUGUUGCUUCUUUACAUCAUUGGCGUUGUUGUCUUUGCAAGAAUGGAUAGACGGGAUAGGCUGAAGUGGGGCAUAACUGCACUGCGAGACAACUGGCCCUCGGACUCAUCCUAUUAUCUGAUACGGGUUCUAACGGGCAAGGGGCUGGUACUAGGUCACGCAUAGCGUUUGUUUUGACGGGACAAAAUGGCGACACGGGACCUCGGGAGCUGUUUGAUGGAGUUAGGAAGGAAUUCAGCACUGGAAGUGUCAUGACCUUCUUGAUGGCGACGCACAAGCCUUUGGGACCGCUGCAGCACAUGUGCAUUUGGCAUGAUAACACAGGAGAGGGUGACAGCGCUUCCUGGUACCUGAAUCAGGUGUCUGUGUUUGACACCCAGACAAAAAAAUAGACACAUUCGUCGCUGAGAAGUGGCUCUCCGUUGAAACGGAAGUCUUUGCAAAUAUGAAUGCAAACAGUUAAAAUGAGCCAAUCGAAUUCGAAAGCAGGUUCUUCUAUCAGACCCGAGACCAAUUGUCAGAGAGUCAUAUGUGGGUCUCCAUUUUCUACCGGUCACAAAUCAGCCCCUUCACUCGUGUCGAGCGUUUGUCGUGCGCCCUUGUCUACAUCUGUCUCACUAUGAUUGCUAACGCCAUGUUCUAUAAAACGGAAGCCGACUACGAAACCCCGCCUUUAAUACAAGCGGGACCGUUCCGCUUCACAGCACAACAAAUAUAUGUGUCCAUAAUAUGCGCUCUUAUUACAACACCGCCAGUGAUGCUACUGAUAUCCAUAUUCAAGCAAACAAAGCGGCGCCAGGACAUGCUUUGUAAAUGCUGUACUUGUCCUGGUGUGUGCUGCAGAUUUCCGUGUUCAUCAAAGAAAAGGGACACAUCUCCGGACUUUACAAAGCAGUUGCGAUCUAUAAUAUUGACACCGGAAGUGCCCGAGUUUACAGGUGCCCGACUUCCUUGGUGGUUUAUCAUAUUCGGGUGGUUCCUGGUUGUUGCAGGCACAUUGGUUCCCUCCUUUUUCGUUCUUCUCUACAGCAUGCAAUGGGGGAAGCAAAAAUCAGAGGAAUGGCUCACUUCCUUCCUUCUGUCAAUCUUUGAAUCCAUGCUAUUUGUUGACCCAAUCAUGGUGAUGUGCUUUGCCUUUGUACUCGCCUGCCUUUUUCGAAAGUCUAAAGGGGACGCAAAGGUUGCUAUGGACACCGUAGUUAAGAAUUAUAAAAAGCUUACAGGCGAUAACAAAGCCACUUCUUGGAACGUGUCGAUGGCCAUGAUGCCAAAAGAGAUGAAAAAGGCGGCAAAGCAAAGGCGGCUGGAACUGAACUUGAUCAAAUGCAUCCUGGACUUCAUCUUGACUACACUUCUCAUGUUUAUUGUCUGCGUUAUAGCGUUUGCUAACCGGGAUGAUAUCGCUCGAUAUAUGGGGUCUACCGCUGACUGGUUUCUACACGACAUACGGGGGAGGAGGAUACAAGAAUGUGAGUCUGGACAUCGUCGAAGAAUUACUUAAAAACCUAUGGGUCGAUCGACAAACGAGAGUUGUUUGAAUUUACAUUGUUUAGUCCAGAAACAAACAUGUUUAUCUAGAACGUCUUCAUGGUUGAGUUUCCGCAAACAGGUGGAGCAUUUAAAACUUACUGGAUCUAUCCGAUCAAAUUGUAUAACCACGUUGGACCGAACGGCAUGUUUUCCCUUGUAUGUGAAGUCAUAUUCGUUAUCUACCUUCUGGUUUUGGUUUUCAAAAUAUGCGUGCGAAUAUAUCAGCAAAGGCUGAAAUACUUUGGCCUAUUUUGGCAAUCCUACGAGUGUGUACUUUUUCUAUUGGGUGUAUCAGCAUGUGUGAUGUAUUUCAUAAGAUCGAGCUUUACAGAUAUGACCAUCAGCAAAUACCGAAGCGAUAUGAAACGGUUUGUGAACUUUAGCCAUAUAGUGCUUUGGGACGAAAUUCUAGGUGUCGUGUUAGCAAUAAUAGUCUUUAUGUCAACUAUUAGAAUACUUGAAGUAUUUGCUACUUCAAAGAAGGUUCGUAACAUUGUGAAAGUAUUUGAGCAGUGCGGAAAAGAAUUGUUCUGGUAUGGAACUACAUUUGUGUACAUACUUCUUGGAUUUGCUUUCUUCGGGUGGUUUUUAUUCGGACCAUAUCUUCUGUCGUACAUGACUAUCUACAAAUGUUUGACCACUUUGUGCCUUCCAAUUAUUGGUAAGAGUACGUUUACGGAAAUAGACGAAAAUAACCCGAUCUUGGCUAAAAUAUUUUUCACCUUUUACAUAAUUGCAGUAGUGUUUUUUGUAUUGUCAAUAUUUUUGUCAAUACUUUGUGCAAGUAUAGACAACGUUGUCGGCAACAAGAAAGAGGAAACACACACAGACAUUAUUGAAUACAUUAUGACUAAGUUUACAAAGAUGUUCAAUAAAAGUGGAAACAAAGGAAAGGAUGUCAACGUACCACUGGUAAGAAAAGAGUACAACAGGCCGAAGCUCUACAAGUUGUACGAUAUGGCGAACAUGUGAACGCCUACGUUUACCUAUCAAGUACAAAAACCGGAGGACAAAAAUCGCAUGCAUCUAAGAAAACGCCGACGACACCAUUCGGUGUAAAUGUUUGAGCUUUGAUCUGAUAUCAAACGUGUUAUGUUAUACAUAAAUAUGCAACGAAUUAUUGAUACAAUUGUUUGGAUACUGCUCAACUGAAAAAAAUAUAAAAAACUCUGCAUCGAUGUUAAAUAUUCCUUCGAUAUUAUUGACGUUUUGAUGAAACCAACUUAUCGGAUGAUUAGGUCCGUGGCAUAUGUCUCAUCAUCCAACACUGCCAAGAAUAACAUUUGUAUGUAAACAUGUUCUCCCGGGAGCAUAUUACACGUGACAUUGUGGUGAUGCAGAGGAUCAUAUUGUUUUUGCCAUGUCUGUUUGUUGGUUUGUUUGUUGGUUUGUUGGGUUGUCUGCGUCAAACUUUAACACUGGCCUUAACUUUUGCAAUAUUGAAGAUAGCAACUUGAUAUUAGGCAUUCAUGUGUGUCUCAUGGAGCUGCACAUUUUGAGUGGUGAAAGGUCAAGGUCAAGGUCAUCCUUUAAGGUCAAAGGUCAAAUAUAUGGGGGGGGGGACAUAGUGUUUCACAAACACAUCUUGUUUGUGAAUGAUUUUAAUCUUCAUUAUUAUAUGUACAGAUUCAGGGUAACACGAUAUUUUUGCAGCGUACAAAAUAUUGUGUAUACUACUUGAAAUCUGUGUAUUAAUUUCAUUCUUAUAUUUAAAAAACAACAGCGUUUUGUCUCGAACAAUAUUUUUUGCUUGCCGCUGACUUGGUUAAGGUCAAAUUAUGAUCCUUCUAUAUGUCUAAAAUGUUUUUGUAUAUGUUUACAUUAGUUCUGCACGAUUUUAGUCAUUCCUUAUAGUAUUAACUGUUUUAAUGGACAAACAAGAGUGGUAGGGUUAAACUAUAUAACAAUGUUUAACAUUUAUUAUGCACGAUGCAAGUCAAUGGUAAAUUGACGAUUUAUUUCGUUUUAAAUUAAUUUGAUGGCACUAAUGUUUUUGUUUAGAAUGAUAAAUGCAGUUGGUUUGAAAAAUAUUUCUCAAUCAGUCUAUAGUAUGUUUCUUCUGUUGACGUUUGCAGAUCAGCUUUGAGUUAUUAUCCCAUGAUUAUUAACCUUAACCUUAUAUGCUAUUAUUAUAUAGUACUCGUGUGUAAUGUGUUUUCUUUUGAUGUUGUAAAAUCCUAGAGAUCGACAAUAUUGUACUGAACCUAUUCUAAACUAAGCCGAUGUAAAGUUUUUCAAAUAGAUGAACUUUGAAUUUUCUGGACGUAAAACACUAGUACUGUAAGUUCCCUUGGAGUUAUACUUUUGAUACGGGGGGUAAUAUUGAUGUUUUUCAACUGAAAUGACCUGUUUCUAAAAAAUUAUAACAAUUUAAGAACGAUUAAAUUAAUUAAGCCAUAUACGGCAUCUUUGUAUUUUUAUACAAAAUAAAAAACGCAAUUUCUUGAAAUAUUCUGUCAAAAUUGUAAGAUUCAUUUACUCUUAUUGUUUUAUACCUCCGUGAUUUUAUGGCAACAACAACGUUUUAUGUAAAGAAGUAUUCAACAAAUAAAAUUAAUCAUUUUACUUAGCGUAUAGGACUUGACCAAAAUGCAUUAUCUGUGUAAGCGACUAGAAAAUCCAUUAAACAUG